AUGGGGAACGGUGAGGAGUGGCCGGAGGAGGUGUCUGGGAGAACGAGGGCCCCGUGUCCAGCUCACUCUGUCCUGUGUCCUACUUCUGCAGGCGGCACCCCCAGCACCUCUCCCCUGGGCUUCCACCCGGAGCUCGACAGAGCCAUCGCUGCCCUGGCUUCUGCUCUUUCCCAUGCGUGCUGGCCAUACCUGGGGGCCGGCAGGAAGGCCUCCAAUCAGCUUGCUGAGCAGACUCUGUCCACCUGCCAGCCGGACAUGCUCCUGAUGGCCCAGCCUCCACCCUCGGACCAGCUCAUAAGCCCCCAGCAGGACACAGGACCCAUGUGGCACCCCCAGGGUGGUGUGAAAGGAGAAGCUGCCCAGAGCCCUGGCCAUGAAGAGUGGAUCUGCUGGACCUGGCCAGACCAUGGAGCCCUUCCUGAGCUGCAGAGAAAGAUCCAGCAAGUGGAAGACACUAUGGAUGAGCUGAAUGAGGAGUUCCUGCAGCUCAGUGCCCAAGCCCUGGAGCUGCAGAAAGAAGAGACCGAGCCAGAUCAACUGCUCUCAGAAGGCGACACCUUUGUGAUGGCUCCUGGCAUCUCCCCCAGAGUGUGGCAGGAAAGCAGACUUAACCCAGCAGAGACGGGCAGCCCAGGCAGAGAGGAGCUGAGAACUCAGGUCCUACAAAGUGAGCAGGCCCUGGCGCUGGAGGUGAGGAGGAUCCACCUGGCCCAGAAGAUUGAGGAUCUGGAGUGGGAGCUCUCUCUGCUCCUCCAGGUGGCAGCAGAUGGCAGCACCAACCUAGGCAGCCCGGGCAGCCCUGAGUCCCUCAGGACACAGCAGUGGCCACCUGUGGGACGUGCUUUCUCCACCAAGGACAUGACCAGGUUCCCCUGGUAGGAAGGGGUGGGAGUCUGAGGUUGCAGUGCCGGUUGGUGAUGAUAUGUUCCCAUUGGAAGCACCUGGAUCACUGUCAGAGCCCACAGCACAGCACCUGCUGGAUUCUGCCUUUGUCCCUUUGCAAAUAAAGUAGUAUGGGCUGAGGGA